CCAAGUUUGCGCCGGCAUCAGCUCGCGACCACCAGUCUCUAACGUGCCGCAUGUAAUAACUGUCCCGUCGAAAGCCCGCCAACGACACAGUGUCACAAAAGUCGUCAUAGUUUUGAUAAUACAUACAUUCAUUUUACAUUGUCUGCGUUCGGUUGACUAACUAUACAUUUGUUUAUACUCGAAAACAUUUUUCAGUGUCGUCUAAUUUUUUUAUCAACGAGCUGUAAAGUGUUCGAAUUGUGCGUGAAUUAGUGUGUGUGUGUGUGUGUGUGUUUUGUAGUGCGUAUUUCGUAAUUUACAGGUCACAGUGACCCCGAGAGUGUACCGUCGUGGAAAUAUUCGCUUUUUUUGCCGAGAUUUUCAAAAGUUAGGGUCCACAAUAUUGAUUAAAAUUUUACAUUGUAAAAUUUAUUAUAAAUUACCUUUAUUUAAAACGUUACAUUUUCGUAGUGCUCGAAUUGGGUAGGAGAAUAAGCCGGGGAGUUAAGGUUUUGCAAAGCUCAUUUGAGUACGUUCCUCUUAUCCAAAUCGAGUACUGUAAUUGCAUUAGUUUUAUUUCGUUUUUUUUAACAACACAGGGUUGACUUAUCGAAACUAUGUGUUCAUUAAUUCAGUAAAAAAUUAAGUUUAACAUCUCAACCGGGAUAGAUCGGGCUGGGAUCGUAAAAGUCGUAGACCGUUUGUUUUUGUUUUUUAGGCGUAUAACGACUGAAAAAAAUCAUUUGCCUGUUCAAUCACAUGUUUUUCGGAUUUUCGCCGUUGUCGUCGUCGUCCUGUGGUGGUUUACCGGUUUGUUUUUACGUACUGCCGUUUGAAAGUUCGACGAGGUGUUACGCAGCAGUGUGUCGUCAGCCAGCAAGAUCGACACGACCGUGUGAUUAAUCACAUUUUUAUAAUAGUCACUAUAAAUAUUGUACACGAUGAUCGGGCGUGACGGCGCUCGUGAGUGGCGACAGUACGGGCCCAUCAUCGUCGGUCGUCGCCGUCUACUCUCCAAGUUGUUCAUUUCCGACGAUACAACGUAAUGAACUUUCUCUGAAUGUGCUCUGUGACUCUGUGAGUGUGAUUAUUCGCCUAAAGUAUAAACCGGAACGGUAUCAAGUCUGUAACCGUUUUGUAAACCUUUUGAAGCCUAUCCAACGCCGAGGACUCCGUAAAUCGUCUGUGCAAUUGUGACAACCGUUAACUGCCAACAAUCAUCUUCGCAGACACCAUUAUGCCGGCGUACGUCGUUCAAAUAACUCUGAUGAUGUGAAUUGAAAACCGCGAUAAAUGUGUAAAGUGGCGAAGAUCGUUGAAGAUUACGAAUAAAAAAUUAAAAUGACACAGACGUUUGAAGACACAAGAAUUAUGACCCUAACAAGUACCCCGUGUGACCUGAGUACCAUGAGUCUGUUUCAAGACCUGAAACUGAAGAGGCGCAAAAUAGAUUCGAGGUGUAGCAGUGACGGCGAAAGCAUAGCGGACACAAGUACUUCAUCACCAGACGUCGUUGGCCCAGUUUCCCCUUCUAGCCGAUUAGAUAGAUCAGAACCAUCUCCCGGAUUAGUCAUAUCGAUGGACAGGAUGGCUUCAUCGCCUGAAUGUAGCAUCAAUACUGACGGCGGUCAAGACUCUACUGAUAUCAAUGCCGGAGAGAGGGUGAGGGUAAAAGAGGAAGUAUGUGAAGAUAAAAAAGAUGUAACGAUUGCCAGUUACGAAAAUGGAAGUGGUAGUUGUAGUGGCGACAAGACGGAACCGUCUUCGCCGGCAGCACAGCAACAACGCCGCGAAUCCGUCGUGAUGACCAGCCCCGUUAGUUGCGUGGUCAAGUCACCGCCUCCGACGUCCAUGUCUUGGUCGCACACACCACCGUCGCCUCGGUGUACAACGCCCGCUUCGGAAAACUCGUCGUCCGUCACGCAGCAAAAUCAACAGCGCCGACAAUCUGUGGUGACGUCGGUGUCGUCCGCAUUUUGGAAUGCAACCGCUCAGCCCCCCGUUCCGGCGGUAACAGUGGCACCACCAGUACCUAACGCUGCAGUGGCAGCCGCUGCGGCGGCCGCUUCGGUUUUGUCCGUGUGUCGUAUUAACGGUGUCCGGCCUGAACUUAUCGGCGGAGCAGGUUUCGCGUCGACCACCGUACCACCGAUUACCGACAUGAAACCGCCGACCGCCAUACCUCCCCGGACCACUCGGUCCGCCCCUACAGUCAUCAUGGGUGAAGCCGGUGGUGUCCGAACCAUGAUCUGGUCUAGUCCACCGAGUACGGUGGAACAAUCUACAUCGCCAGCCACCACUGGUGCGGUACCGUCGACGGCGAAUAGUACGCCGUAUUGGUCAACAGCGGCUACUUGGUCGUCAACCACCUCAUCGUCGACAACAGCACCUGCGGUCAGUGAAGAAUCGGCGGCUCAUUUGCUGCUAAAUCUCGGUGUUGCGGCCGGUCAUGACGGUUCAUCCGUCAUUAACCACAUGCCUGGCCUGAAGCCCAUCGGAAACGGUGGACAACAGACGGCCAACGGUGUUUCUAAUAACGCCAGUGGGCAAUCUAGUUUUCACGUGCCGCUCAAUAUGGAAAGGCUUUGGGCCGGUGAUCUGUCUCAACUGCCAGUUGCAUCGACGCAACAGAUGCAUGCCCUCAACCUUACUGCCAAUACACCCACCGGUUGGCCCGUAACACCUUCCAACGGCGGCUCUGACAAUAAGCCCUCCGUCGUCGUCAAUUCUUACCAUCAAAUGGAAGAAGCUGACGAACAGGAUCAACCAAUGGUUUGCAUGAUCUGCGAUGAUCGAGCGACUGGUCUCCAUUACGGAAUAAUUACCUGCGAAGGAUGUAAAGGGUUCUUUAAACGUACCGUCCAAAACAGAAGGAUAUAUACAUGUAUAGCAGAGGGCACGUGUGAGAUAACGAAAGCUCAAAGGAAUAGAUGCCAGUAUUGUCGGUUCAAAAAAUGUAUCGGACAAGGGAUGGUCUUGCAAGCCGUCCGAGAAGAUCGAAUGCCUGGCGGAAGAAAUUCCGGCGCAGUUUACAAUUUAUACAAGGUAAAAUACAAGAAGAAGCGACCGCCGAAGAACGGUCAAGUGAAAAUGGAGAAAUCAGUAUCGUGUACCACGGCCAGCACGAUGACUGCGAUGAAAACCGAGAACCAAGACAGCUCGUCGUCCAUUUCGACGCUGGUCAACGGUACCAUACUUAAGACUGCUCUAACGAAUCCUAGCGAAGUUAUCUAUCUCAGACAGAGGCUAGACAAUGCCGUGAGCUCGUCUAGAGAUCGUACGUUCUCCAUCGAGGCUACUGUCAACAUGAUUAAAAACCUCGUGGACUGCGACGAAUUCCAAGAUAUUGCCACCCUUAGGAAUAUGGAAGACUUGCUAGAACAUAAUUCUGAUUUGUCAGCUAAACUCAUGCAAAUAGGCGACUCUAUUGUGUACAAAUUAGUACAAUGGACCAAACGUCUACCGUUUUAUUUAGAACUUCCUGUUGAAGUACACACCAGACUAUUGACUCAUAAAUGGCACGAGUUACUGGUGUUAACCACAUCUGCGUAUCAGGCCAUUCACGGGCCACAAAAGAUAUGGAGUUCUGGUAAUAUUAACGGUGGUGACCGAAACGACGACACUGAGUUCAACCAGGAAGUAUCACAUAACCUGCACAUUUUGCAGACCUGUCUGUCGUCAAUGAUGGGCAAACCUAUCACGAUGGACCAGUUGCGACAAGACGUGGGCGUCAUGGUAGAGAAAAUCACUCACGUCACAUUGAUGUUCAGGCGAUUAAAAUUAAGAAUGGAGGAAUAUGUUUGCCUGAAAGUCAUUAUCAUGUUGACACAGAAUAAUGGAAGUACCGCUAGUGAGUUAGAAACAAUUCAAGAGAGGUACACGUCGUGUUUGAAGACUUACGUCGAGCACACCUUCCCAAUGCAACCAAACAGGUUGCAAGAUCUCCUAAAUCGACUACCAGAGAUACAAUCAGCAGCUUCACUUCUGUUGGAAUCUAAAAUGUUUUACGUACCUUUCCUGUUGAACUCGACUAUUCGAAGCUAGUCGGAAGGACCAAUAAACAUAAGAAAAUUAUAAAUAUAAUGGUUGUUAAAAUAUAAAUUGUAGAAAAUCUAGGAAGAGUUACCAAAAUACGCGGGAGAGAAAAUUAAAAUAGCAGAAAAAAAUUUAGAUUGAUAAAUUUUACUGUUUGCGCUCGACCUCUGUUGUUUUACUUGUUGUUUUGUAGGUAAUUUAUGCGUUAUUAAUGAUUUUUACGUGUUAUUUAAAUAGACCGCGAUUGAUUUACUAGAAAUUAUUUCACAUUGUUUUAGUUUUUUUCUUGUUUAUGACUUAUGUAUGUAUUAAUUGUGUUUCGAAUGGAACUUAGUUAUUUCCCUAUAUGACUUGGGAGUUAUUUAAAUAUAUUAUAAAAAAAUCACCUAGGGAAGUAUUUUGAUGUCUGAGUUAUAAAUAUGUGUAUGUUUAUAUUAUGAUAUAGGAAACACGAGUGUUUGUUUAUUGAGAGCCAUAUAUAUAUAUAUAUAUAUAUGUGUGUGUGUGUAUAUAUUUGUACGGGUUACACUAUGUACUAAUUAGAUUAAAUCUUUGUAAUACAGUCUUUGUAUUUUUAUCGUACAGUACCUAAUAGUAAAAAUACUUUAUUUAUACAAAAUAAGUUGAAUUUUUGUUGUUUAUUAUUUUUAUUCCUUCUUAUAUUUCUAUUAUACUUAUUAUGAAUAAGACUGUAGGUAAAAAGAGGGUGAAUGCGCACAGUAUUUAUAAUUAGCCUUGUAAAAUUUUAAAACAGAAAACAUUAUCAUGCAUUGAAUUCUAUUUUAUUUAAAUAUUUCUAUUUAUCUGUACAAAUUAUUUUUGGUACUUUCAAAAAACAGUACUUUUGUGAUUUUAUUAAAUAUUAAAUAUAGUAUAAUAUAUAUUACAAUACAUAUAAAUAUAAAUAGACAUUAAUUAUA